GCUGUUAUGGAUAAAAAGUGUCUUUUUUUGUUUCAAAAUAGCUGAUAACUAUUCGCUGAUAGCUGCCAACAUCUGCGAACAACUAUAAUUCUAGAAAGUUGUUCUAUACAGUGUGUAACUGUUAAUAUAGAGUGUUAUUAAAUUUAUUGUUAAUGCAAUCAUAUGGCACACUGACCUCUGAGGAAAUUUUAAAUGGCACUCGCCAUCAGAAAGGUUGCCUACCCCUGCUCUAAUCUUAUUGGGUGUGCACUCGUUCAAACACACACACACAAACACAUACACACACUCGAGUCACAUGUAAUAGUCAAUACUUAGAUCAUCUGUACAUUCAUUUACAGUCUGGUUGGGUGUAGUUGCAGCAUUUUCCUUGACAGGCUCUAUAGAGAAUAGGACUGAAAAUUUUUGGCAUCUUGUAGUUUGUUACUCUUCCUUACAAAAGGCAAUAUAAAUUUCUCUUCACGGGCAAUCUCAGAUUCAGCUUCUGUCACAUCAGGAUGGAUCACCAUGAAUGGCAACAGGGAAGAAGUAGGGGUCAUAGGCACUAUGAUGAUGAUGAUGAGGCCCAGCCAUUCUACAUCGGUGUUCCAGUUUCCCACCGGCGGAAAAGGCGCAGACAUCACUCCUAUGCCAGCGAUGCCAACCGUGAUUCACGACAUACACACUAUGAUCACCAUAACCAGCGAGAACACUCACAUCGAGGAUAUUAUAACAAAGACGAGCACUAUAAUAAUGAAGAGGAUGGUGAAGAGUGUCGUGAGCAUGCCGAUCCUACAGUGUCCCCUGCUGCUGAAAGGCUGCGCCACAUACUGGGAGAGGAUGAUAGCACUCCAACACCAACAAUAUUCACUGAGAUGGAUACAUUACAGCAGGAGGGUGGUGAAUUAGAGUGGAAAGAGUCUGCAAGAUGGGUGAAGUUUGAGGAGAAGGUGGAGGAGGGAGGAGAAAGAUGGAGCAAGCCUCAUGUUUCCACACUCACCCUCCAUAGUCUGUUUGAGCUGAGAACCUGCCUGCAGACAGGAAGUAUUCUGCUCGACCUAGAAGGCUACUCACUGCCACAGAUCGUGGAGGAGAUUGUGGAACAACAGAUAACUGAUGGUCUCAUUCCUCCUGAUCUUAAGGAGAAGAUUAUAUUUGUGUUGCUCAGGAAGCAUCGUCAUCAGACCAAGAAGCCAAUCCACCGCUCUCUGGCAGACAUGGGAAAAUCAUCCAAUACUGCGUCUAGCCGUAGUCCUCAGGUUAAUCUGAGUCGUAGCACUAGUUCAGCUUCUGGGAUCCACCGCUCCACAGAAGACCUACGUUCUCGGCAGUCAAGCAGCCUUGGCCGCCUGCAUCAUGCUCAGAGUAGAAGCAUGAAUGAUAUUUCAGACACACCAAGCACUGAUCAGCUUAAGAAUAAGUUCAUGAAGAAGAUACCUCGUGAUGCUGAAGCAUCCAAUGUCCUGAUUGGUGAAGUUGAUUUUCUGGAUAAACCCUUUGUCUCCUUUGUACGCUUGGCUCAAGCUACAACUCUGGGGGGGCUUACUGAAGUUCCUGUACCAACCAGAUUUCUCUUCAUUCUUCUGGGUCCUCAUGGCAAAACCAAAUCCUACAACGAGAUUGGCAGAGCCAUUGCUACACUCAUGGUGGAUGAUUUGUUUAGCGAUGUUGCCUAUAAGGCAAGGGACCGUGAAGACUUGAUUGCAGGUGUUGAUGAGUUUCUGGAUGAAGUGAUUGUCCUUCCUCCAGGAGAAUGGGACCCCAAGAUCCGUAUUGAACCACCCAAAAAGGUUCCAUCUGCAGAAAUGAGAAAAUCAGUGCUGAACUUGAAUGAGCUGGGUCAGGUGAAUGGUUUAGCUGGCGGAGCAGCUGGAGGUGAAGAUGAGGAGCUUCCAGCCCCACAUGAGUUGGGAGAGGAGCUGAAAUUCACUGGGAGGAUUGGUGGUGGAUUAUGGCUGGAUAUCAAAAGGAAGAUCCCAUGGUAUUGCAGUGAUAUUUAUGAUGGUUUCCAUAUCCAGUCCAUCUCUGCUGUGCUAUUCAUCUACCUAGGCUGCAUCACCAAUGCUAUCACCUUUGGAGGACUACUAGGGGAUGCUACUGACAAUUACCAGGGAGUGAUGGAGAGUUUUCUUGGCACUGCUUUAGCAGGAAGUGUCUUUUGCUUGUUUGGAGGACAGCCUCUCAUCAUUUUGAGUUCAACUGGGCCCAUUCUCAUCUUUGAAAAACUGCUUUAUGAGUUCAGCAAAAACAAUGAUGUGGACUAUAUGGAGCUUCGUCUGUGGAUUGGCCUUCACUCGUGUCUGCAGUGUUUUUUACUGGUUUUUUCAGAUGCUAGCUACAUCAUCAAAUAUAUGACCCGAUUCACGGAGGAGGGUUUCUCCAGCCUCAUUUCUUUUAUAUUCAUUUCUGAUGCAAUCAAGAAGAUGGUCGGAGCCUUUAAAUAUUACCCAAUCAACCGUGGUUUCAAACCUGAUUACAUUACAGCUUAUAAGUGUGAAUGCAUCGCUCCAGACCAGGCACCUGCACUGGGCUUGAAUGCUUCAGCUCCACUUGCAGAUGAUAAUAUGACUCUGCUGUUUAACUUAACAGAUCUGGACUGGAGUCAGCUGAGUAAGAAAGAAUGUGUCAAGUAUGGUGGUAUGCUGGUGGGGAACUCCUGUAAGUAUGUUCCUGACCUGGCCCUCAUGUCCUUCAUCCUCUUCUUUGGCACCUACUCCAUGACAGUGUCUCUUAAGAAGUUCAAGUUUAGCCGCUACUUCCCAACAAAGCUGAGGAAGCUAAUCAGUGACUUUGCCAUCUUCAUGUCAAUCAUGUCCUUUGUGGGUCUCGAUAUGCUGAUGGGGUUAGACACACCCAAACUUAUCGUGCCAACAGAGUUCAAGCCUACACGUAGUGACCGCGGCUGGCUGGUGAUGCCCUUUGGUAAGAACCCCUGGUGGUGGUGUGUGGCCAGUUUCGUUCCUGCUCUUCUGGUCACCAUCCUCAUCUUCAUGGACCAGCAGAUUAGUGCUGUCAUUGUCAACCGCAAGGAAAACAAAUUAAAGAAAAGCUGUGGCUACCACUUGGACCUGUUCUGGGUAGGUGUGCUGAUGGCUGUGUGUUCUUUCAUGGGCAUGCCAUGGUAUGUAGCAGCCACUGUCAUCUCCAUUGCUCAUAUCGACUCACUGAAGAUGGAGAGUGAAUCUAGUGCCCCUGGAGAGCAACCACAGUUCCUUGGAGUCAGAGAGCAGAGGUUGACAGGCAUUUUGGUGUUUGUCCUAACAGGACUCUCAGUCUUUCUUGCCCCUAUACUUCAGUACAUCCCCAUGCCUGUCCUUUAUGGAGUCUUCCUCUACAUGGGAGUGGCUUCACUGAGUGGCAUCCAGUUCUGGGAGCGCAUCAAGCUGUAUCUAAUGCCGCCCAAACACCAGCCAGACUUCUCUUUCCUGCGUCAUGUCCCUAUGAGACGCGUCCACCUUUUCACCCUAGUCCAGAUUGUGUGUCUGGCUGUUCUCUGGAUCCUUAAGUCUACAUUUCUGGCCAUCAUCUUCCCAGUAAUGAUUCUCGGUCUCAUGGUUGUACGAAAGCUGCUGGAUUUGAUGUUCUCGCAACAUGAUUUGGCCUGGCUGGAUGAUAUCCUGCCAGACAAAGACAAGAAGAAGAAGGAAGAUGAGAAGAAGAAGAAGAAAGACAAGAAAGCACCAGAGCCUGAGAGUGAUGAGGAGUGUUGCUGAAAGGCACUUCAUUCCCUCUUACUACAGUCUUCCUGUCUGUCCAUCAUCUUUUCAGUACAUCUUUCACCUCUCCCACUUUGUUCCAACCUUUAGAAACAGUGUGUGUGCUUAUGUGUACCCUUUGUAUUUAUGCUUCAUCCAAGUCUUUGUCCAUACUAAAAGGGUUGCUUGACAGCUGUGUAGAAGCACAAGUGAUGCCCACUGAUGGCUUUAAAGGAUAAGCUUGGUGUUAUUGAUCAAAUUUUUAUUAGUAGCUUUAGCUUGGUCACUAUCAGCAGUAUUAACUUUGCCCAGUUCACUGAAACACUGACAAUCUUGUCUCAUAAGCCUCUGCUAUUCACGCGUGGGGGAGAUGUUUUCCUGAAUUGUGCAACACAGUUAAUAAACUACACUCUUCAGUUCAGUCAGAAACCCAGCACAGACCAAAGUGAUCAUCCAUGAAAAUAGAUAUGAAAGUAAGUGGAGGAGCAGGAGUGGAUGUGGGUUGCAAAGCAGCUUGUUGCGGCUGAAGGAACUGAAAUGGCCCCAUCUGAGAUUUGAAAAUCUGUGGAAGGGUAUAUGCUCAACCAUCAGCUGAUGUGGGCUGGAGUUGAGAUCCAAUUAUGGCCGAGUUAGAAUACAAAUACAGUGGGGCAAAAAAGUAUUU